AACGCAACGAUCGCGCGCGGUUGUAUCUCGCAGAACAACAGAACAGAAAGAUAUAAACCCGGAACGAAAGAUAUAAAACCAAGAAGUGUCGAGAAACUCAAACGUACUCACUCAAGUGCUCAAAACAUCCAGCAACAACUCUCCCGGUCCCAACGGUCCCCAAACGCUUUUCAUUUUCGCAGAGAGAGAACGUUACGAAUCCGCUUGCGAAUCCAACAAGUGCGAGUGAAGGAAGUUCAGCGCUAAAAGAAGAUGGCCCAACCACAGCUGCUGCAAGUCAAAUUGUCACGUUUCGAUGCCCAGCCCUGGGGAUUCCGCCUUCAGGGGGGCACGGACUUCGCCCAGCCCCUGCUGGUGCAAAAGGUGAACGCCGGCAGCUUGUCCGAGCAGGCUGGCCUCCAGCCCGGCGAUGCGGUGGUCAAGAUCAAUGACGUGGAUGUCUUCAAUCUGCGUCACAAGGAUGCCCAGGACAUUGUGGUGCGCUCCGGCAACAACUUUGUCAUCACAGUGCAGCGCGGUGGCUCCACCUGGCGGCCGCAUGUGACACCGACUGGCAAUGUGCCCCAGCCCAACUCGCCGUAUCUGCAGACGGUGACGAAGACCUCUCUGGCUCACAAACAACAGGACAGCCAGCACAUCGGCUGUGGCUACAACAACGCAGCCCGUCCCUUCUCCAACGGCGGCGAUGGCGGCGUGAAGAGCAUUGUCAAUAAACAAUACAACACCCCGGUUGGCAUUUACAGCGAUGAAUCUAUUGCGGAAACACUCUCGGCCCAGGCGGAGGUUUUGGCUGGCGGUGUGCUCGGCGUCAACUUCAAGAAGAACGAGAAGGAAUACCAGGGCGAUCGCUCCGAGGUGCUGAAGUUCCUGCGCGAGGAGGAGACCGGCCAGUCCACUCCAGAACCACACAGUCCCGCCAACUUUUACUGGACACAGAGCCACGCAAUCGGCGGCAACGAGCGACGCACUCCACUACACCACCAGCAGCCUCAGCAGGAUGAGCGGAUUGGUGUACCAUUGCAAGCAAAUACACUGGCGCCGGAGGCGUCACACAGGCCCAGCUUGCCGGUGGCCCCGAAGGAUAGCGAGGAGCAGGCCAGACAGGAUCAGCAGGAGCAGCCCGAUCCGCGCAUCAUUGUGCUGCCCAUCUGCCCCGGCCUCCAGGGGCCCGAGUACAAGGCCGAAAUGGAGGCGGCAGCGGCGGCACUGGCCACCGACCAGGAUGGACGACCACGUCCAUUGGCCGCCAGCGGACAUCCGGCGUGCCAGCUGUGCGGCGUGGGCAUUGUUGGCGUUUUCGUGCGCAUCAAGGAUAAGAACCUGCACGUGGAGUGCUUCAAGUGUGCCACGUGUGGCACCUCGCUGAAGAACCAGGGCUACUACAACUUCAACAACAAGCUCUACUGCGACAUCCACGCCAAACAGGCCGCCAUCAACAAUCCCCCCACCGGCACCGAGGGCUACGUUCCCGUUCCCAUCAAGCCCAACACCAAGCUGAGUGCCUCCACCAUCUCGUCGGCCUUGAACUCGCACGGAUACGGUGGCAACUCGAACGGCUACUCCAAUGGAAACUCCACCCCUGCUCCGGCACCGCCUGAGUCUGAGAGCAGCCAGGAGUUGCCCCUGCCACCGCCCCCCUCGCCCACCCAGCUGCUGCAGUACGAGGCGGAGCAGCAGCAGCCAGUCCUCCCGGAGCCACACAUGUCCACCAUCCAGCAGCCGCAGCAGCAGCAGAAGCUGGAGCACACUCGCACCCACAGCAGCCUGUCAUCCAUUUCCAGUGGCUCGUCCUCCUCCGGAGUGGGCGGCAGCGGCAGCGGGAGUGGCAGCGGGAGCGGCGUGGGCCAGAGCCAGCAGAGUUACUCCUCAACUCUGUCCCUGGAUCGCUUCGGUUCGCCCCUGCACUCGCGCCAGACAUCCGGCUCCUCCACGUCACUGGAGGUGGCAUUGGCUGCUCCUGGCGCUGGCCAGGGUGAUAAUUACACCAUGACGCCGCCCUCCCCGCCGCCACCACCUCCUCCGCAGGCUCAGUCCGUGACGAAUUACAGGCUGCAGGCUGCGCAGAACGAGAACGACAUGAAUACGCAGAACAAGAGCCCCAAUGCGUACAACCAGCUACUGAAAGAGUACUCCAACAAGCUGCAGCAGCAACACCACCACAACACCACACAGCACACGACAGCGACAACAGCACCCUCACUGAAACACAACAACACGGCCAAGCCAUUUGCAGUGGCGGCAACAAGCACACCCCAACAACACCUGCCACACCAACAACAUCAGCAACAGCCGCUUGUGGCAGCGCUAACGGCGACACUUGCUAAUCAAUUGAAAUUUAACCCACAUCAGGUUGCAAGCUCUCAAGCAACAGCAACAGUAGCAACGGUAGCACCAUCCGCUGCAACAGCAGCAACUACAGCAGCAACACCCCAAGCAGCAACCGCAACAGAUAGCCCAGCUGCAGCAGCAUCAUCAUCAGACAAUAUGUCGGCCUACGUGGCAGAUGAGCCCUCUUCGAUUUAUGGCCAAAUUAGCGCCGAUUCGGUGGCGUUUGCCCCACCACCACCACAGCCACCCACCGCCGGCGGGGGCGAUCAGCCCUUUGAGUACGUCACGCUCACCGGCAACGUCAUCCGCAGCGUGCAGCCUCCCGGAAAGGGCGCGUGCCCCAGCUACAAGGUGAACCAGGGCUAUGCUCGUCCGUUCGGUGCCGCCGCUCCCAAGUCGCCGGUGUCGUAUCCGCCGCAGCAGCAACAGCAGUCGCCGCGUCCCGCUCCCGGUGGCCAAAACCCGUACGCCACCCUGCCCCGCAGCAAUGUGGGCCAACAAGGUGGAGGGGCUGUGGAGGAACUGCAGCCGGAAUUCGAGGAGGAGGAUUGCUAUGAGAUGGACAUCGAGGUGGCCCUGGCCGCAAGUCGUCAAUCGCAGCGUGGCUCUAGUUUCACCUGGCCACCGCCGCAGGAUGAUAGCCACUUGGCGCCCACCGCGGCGCCACUCUAUAUCCCCCCACCGGAGACGCAACAUGUGGUGGUUUCGAAUCCGGUGCAGCAAGUGCCUCCGUUGCCACCUGGAGGUGCAACUGCUCGACUAGAUCCGCAGCCUGAAGUGGGAACCUCGGCCACCGGAGCUCCCCAGUGGCAGAGUUACUCCGCACCACAACUAACAAACGCGAGUGCCCGCCAAUUGGCGGAACAGGAGUCUAGCUCGGAUAGCUAUACAUCCACCUCGACCACCACGACCACCACUUCGGAGGAGUAUCAGCGAAUGUACGCAGCCCAGGUGCAGGCCUAUCAAAUGCAGGAGCAAUCUGGCUCAGAGUUCGAUUACCAGGAUUCUAUACAGGACUAUCCGUCCGGCAGGAGAAGUGCCCAAGAGUGCGUGGACUCCCUAGCUGUGCCCCUGAGCACCUACAAGCUGGUCGAUAUGGUAAGGGAGGUUACACCCAGUCCCGUGACCACGCCCACUCAAACUCCUGCUCCUGCUGCUCCUACAACCCGUCGCGUUGUGUUCAACGAUGAGCCCGAGAUCAAGGAGUUACCCCAACUACCCGUGGAACUGGAGACCAUACCGGAAGCCUCCGAAGCUGUAGAAGAUCGCGAGGGUCUUGUCAUCGAACAGCGAUGCCAGAUCCUGGAGAGUGAACGAAAGUUCCAGCCCACACCCGAGAUUAAGAUUGAGAUUGCCCCAGUGCGCCAAAUACCUCCGACCAAGAUUCCCAACCCAAUGCCCAAGGAGUGGAUUAAUCCCAUGAUUCGAGUCUUGACCACAGCCCCGGAAGUUCCCUUCCACCUGGUGGAGUGUCCUUUUCCCCGGCCUUGUGGUGAUGAUUUUGAAGCGGAGGCAGCCGCCGCCGAAGCUGCCAAUGCUCAAGAGGUUCCGGAACCUCUUUCUCCACAAGUUUCUGCUGCUCCACCGGUACCAGUUCCCGUUGAGCCAUCACCUGCUCCCUUGAAGGAAUCUCCUCCCCGGGGAUCCCGACUCAGCCAAGCUAUGGUUACUGCUCCCGAGUUCGAGCUCAAGUUCGCCCCUCCCGCUGACCAGGGCAUCCCACUUCCAGAGGAGACCGAGCCCUAUAUGCCACCACCCAUUGACACGAAGCCCUAUUUGAGGGAGGAUUACCGACCCAAAUCACCAUUUGUGAGUGCUCUAACCACCGCUCCCGAUCGUCCCUUUGAAGGUCACUUCGAUAAAGAUGUGCCCAUCCACAUGAUUGACCUGCCCACCCCCAAAGAGCACCUGAGCAUGUGUGAUGCCCUAUGCACCGCCCCAGAACGUGGUUACACUCCCCUGAAUCCCGAGAAUGCUAUGCAUCGCGUAGACGAGGAGCAAAAGCAACAGGAACUCAAGAAGCGUGAAUUUCAGGUGCUGGAUCACGAGGAAGAGCUGGGAAUUCGACCGGAACCUCCUCAGUCCGUGGAAUACUACGAAACGCGGAGAGAUCAGCCACGGAAAUCCUCCGCCUUUGCGGCCAUGCAAGCAUUCCAGCCAUCCCGUGAACCCUUGUCCUCGAACACGGUUUCAAAUGCUGGAAGUGUGGCCGACACCCCAAGAGCCUCGAUAGUGUCUGCGCUGAAGGAGGAAACCGAUCUGGAGUACCAGAAGUACCUCAAGGCCCAGCAGCGUAACCAGAAAAGAUUGGACUACUUCCACCAGAAAGAGGAGGAGCUCUCGGGUCUGCAGGGCCAGCAGCUAACCCAACUUCAGAGGGAGCUCUCCAACCAGCAACAGAGUCUCCUGAGCCAACAGCAGCUGCAGCAAUCCAAGUUGCUGCAACUGCAGCAGUGCGUCCAGAGCCAAGAGUUGCAGCAACAGAUGCAGCAUCUCACCCAGAAGUCACAACAGCAACCUCCUCAAGCUAACCAACAGCUGCAACAACAGCAACAGCAACGGGGUACCCAACAGCAGCAACACUCCCAAGUAACCCAAAGAACCCAACAGCAACAGCAACAAGUGUCCCAACAAGUAACCCAACAGCAACAACAAGAACACUCUCUGCUAUCGCAAACCACACUUGCUGAGACCCAAACCCUUCAGGCCAAUGCCCAGUCUCAGAGUUCCGCUUCCUACAGCUCCAAAGCGACUGCUUGCUCUAACUCCUCUUCCACAGUCCCACCUGCCAACACCUCUACCGCUUUCGCACCUGCUCCAGCUCCAGCUCCCACCAGCACACCCGUCCGCCCAUCAGCUAUCGCUGUACAAAGUAGCUACUGCAGCAGCCAGUUCGAUGCGCACGAACUGAUCGAGGAGACCGCCGAGGAGCUCGAGCACUCGGAGGUCCUGUUCCCGCCGCCCUCCCCGCUGAGCCACCUGACCAAACAGGGCAAAGCCGUACAGUCCGGCCUCCACAAGGCGGACAGCAUCCCCAAGUACCAGCGCAACUGGACGGUGCUGCCCACCCAGAGUCCCAUUCGCACUCCGGAACCGCAGGAGCUGCGCGAGAACGUACCGCUGGCAUUCGUGGAUGCUCCAAAAGCACCAGUUACUAGUGACUCCUCCACUGUACAUAGACCCAUUGCCCAGGUUGCUGCGCCGACAACUGUGGUUGCUCCUUCCCGGGAACGGGAGAAGGAACGGCGGCCCCAGCUGUCGGUGCCCAUUAUUGUUGAGGAUCGAUCGGGUCCAGUAACAAUGGCUUUCCAACCGUUAGACGAACUGGUGCGACCGGAUCAGGCCCUGACGCCCACCAGGCCAUACACCCCGUCGCUGACCAACAAACCGGCUCCAAUUGUGCCCUUCUACCAGACGGAGGAGAAGCUCGUCUUCGAGGAGUGCUCGGCCACCCAUGCCAGGAAUUACAACGAACUGAACGCCUCGCCUUUUCCAGACAGAACACGUUCUCCGGCUCCAGGACCACCGCCAAAUCCGCUUAAUGCCAUUCGAGCACCGAGGAUGAAGGAACCGGAAACCAAGUCGAAUAUUUUGUCCGUGUCUGGAGGACCUCGCUUGCAGACGGGCUCCAUAACCACUGGUCAGAGCUACCAGGGACAACUUUUGGCCCACUCCGAGCAGAGUUCCCAGUCGGCCAGUCAGAACUAUAACCAGCAACCGGAGAGGAUUACGGAACAACGGGUGGGCAACCUGAACAUACAACAAAGAGAGCAGUCAUCUCAGCUGCAGCAGCAAGCACAAUCGCAGACUCAGAGUCAGACACGCAGCCAGGUGGGAAAUACCCAAAUUGAAAGACGUCGAAAGGUCACCGAGGAGUUCGAACGCACCCAGAGUGCUAAAACUAUUGAGAUCCGAACUGGCUCCCAAUCUGUCAGUCAAUCGAAGGCCCAGUCGCAGUCCAUCAGCCAGGCCCAGACCCAGGCUCAAUCCCAGUCCCAGAAUCAGUCGGAUACAGAACGUCGCUCUUCGUACGGCAAGACGGGAUUCGUGGCCAGUCAGGCGAAGCGUCUUUCCUGCAUGGAGGAAGAGAUUAGCAGUCUGACCAGCCAAUCGCAGGCUAUUAGUGCCCGGGCCUCUGCUCUCGGAGAGGGCUGCUUUCCCAACCUAAGAUCGCCCACCUUUGAUUCGAAGUUUCCACUUAAGCCGGCUCCCGCGGCGUCUAUAGUUCCCGGAUAUGCAACUGUUCCGGCGGCCACAAAGAUGCUAACGGCACCACCACCGGGUUUCCUGCAGCAGCAGCAGCAACAGCAGCAAAGGUCUGCCUUCUCGGGCUACCAAGCCACAACUUCAUCGGUCCAGCAGAGCUCCUUUGCGAGCAGCUCGAAAGCCACCACCUCAUCGCUCUCAUCCUCAUCAGCAUCUGCUUCAGCAUCAGCAUCCGUCGCGAGAUCGUCGCAAAGUCUAACCCAAGCUUCUGCUAUUACUACCACCACUAAUAACCAGGCCACCACGGCCUACAGGAGCAGCAAUGGCAGCAUUACCAAGCCUAAUCUGGCCUCGCGGCCAUCCAUCGCUUCCAUCACAGCUCCAGGAUCAGCAAAUGCUCCCGCUCCUGUUCCAUCGGCAGCUCCAACCAAAGCUACUGCUCCAUUCAAAGCUCCGAUUGUUCCGAAAUCGGUGAUAGCGAACGCCGUUAAUGCCGCUGCUCCGCCUGCGCCCGCUGUCUUUCCGCCAGACCUGAGCGAUCUGAACUUGAACUCUAAUGUGGAUAAUUCCCCAGGUGCCGGAGGAAAGAGCGCUGGCGCCUUUGGAGCCACCUCGGCGCCCAAGAGGGGCAGGGGUAUCCUGAAUAAGGCAGCCGGACCCGGAGUGCGCAUCCCACUGUGCAACAGCUGCAAUGUGCAGAUCAGAGGACCCUUCAUCACGGCAUUGGGCCGCAUCUGGUGCCCGGAUCACUUCAUCUGCGUGAACGGCAACUGCCGUCGUCCGCUGCAGGACAUUGGAUUCGUUGAGGAGAAGGGCGAUCUGUACUGCGAGUACUGCUUCGAGAAGUACCUAGCGCCCACCUGCAGCAAGUGCGCUGGCAAGAUCAAGGGUGACUGUUUGAAUGCCAUUGGCAAACACUUCCAUCCGGAGUGCUUCACCUGCGGCCAGUGCGGCAAGAUCUUUGGCAACAGGCCCUUCUUCCUGGAGGAUGGAAACGCGUACUGCGAGGCCGAUUGGAACGAGUUGUUCACCACCAAGUGCUUCGCCUGCGGCUUCCCUGUGGAAGCUGGCGACAGAUGGGUGGAGGCCCUGAACCACAACUACCAUAGCCAAUGCUUCAACUGCACGUUCUGCAAACAGAACCUGGAGGGUCAGAGCUUCUACAACAAGGGCGGACGUCCCUUCUGCAAGAAUCACGCGCGCUAAGCCGCAACUCAGAUGAUUUUGUUCGACUUCAGGGAUCACGCACACUAACCAACACCAACUAUCUAUCACAAUCUUCGGAUUACUUGGAUACGGGAGCUUGCUCCCAACUCGUAUAUAAUGCUUAUUAUUGCAAUUGUCAGAGUGAAUAAUGCGUAACUAUUAUUAUUUCUAUUUGUUUUUGAAUUGUGCACACAAAUGUUAUCCUAAUUUUAACUGAUGAUCGAUUCGCUCUAAAUCAAAACAGUAGCUGCAAACGACACGAAAUCGAAUUAGCUAGCAAAUUAUAUGUCCCACACAACUAUUAUUUAUUCAAACAUCGUAUCAUAACCGAACUACCGAACCCCAGAUAACUAUGUAUGUACUGUGGCCAGAGUUAACUUACUUAGUUGAGCCUGAAAACUGUUGAUCAACCCGUAACCAAAAGCUAACAAAUCGCGCGAGAGGAUUUCCCAAAUCGAUUGGCAGCGUAGAAUCGGGCUAAUCAAAGAUGUCAAACGAGGUUGUCAGCAGGCAGUUGCUUACUUAAUUUCUAAAUUUAUGUUGUAAAUUAUCCAUAAUUCGAUUGUAAAUUGUAAAUGAUCAGCAAGUGAAUAAAUUUCGAAAUCUUUUUCGCGUUUAAAAAAUGA